AUGGCAGAUCAGAAAGGCCAAGUUUCUGUCGAGACACCGGAAGUAGAGAAGCAGGGUAUCUCUAGGGCAAUGGAUGAGGCAGCAGAGUAUCUUGCUCAUAGCACUGGCUUUGCACCUUUGUCCCCGGAAGAAGAGAAGAAGAUGGUACGCAAGAUGGAUUGGAUUCUGCUGCCAAUGCUCUUUAUGACCGCUACCUUGGGUGCGGUUGAUAAGGUCGCUAUCAGUACUGCGGCCAUCUAUGGCCUCAAACAUGACCUUCAUCUUGUGGGUCAGCAGUAUUCUUGGGCUGGCUCCAUCUUAUCUCUCGGGGCCAUCGUUGGUAUGUGGCCAUCCACGUACCUGGUCCACAGGCUACCCACUGGCAAAUACCUGUCUGCAUGCUCGUUAGGCUGGUCAAUCAUGGCACUUCUCUUGCCAGUGUCUCGUGACUGGAGCGGACUGAUGGCUUUAAGAUUCUUUAUGGGUUGCUUGGAGGCGAUUAUCGUUCCAUCAAUUUCUAUUAUCGUUGCCGGGUUUUACAAAAAGUCUGAGCAGCCCCCUCGCAAUGCCCUGGUAUUUGCGGCGGCGAGUUCCAUCAUCAACGGCUUCCUGUCGUGGGCGGUCGGUCACAUUCCAUCUACUGCAGCACUUUCUAUUUGGCAAUACCUUUUUCUGAUCACUGGCUCUAUUUCUACCCUUUGGUCUAUUAUAGCUUUGAUUUUCCUCCCGGACACCCCUAUGAAUGCAUUUUUCCUCAACGAUAGAGAGAAGUACCACGCUGUCCAACGCCUGGCUGAGAACAAAACUGGCAUCACAAACCGGCAAUGGAAGUGGGAUCAGGCCCUGGAGGCGGCAAUUGAUCCGAAGACAUGGGUUCUAUUUUUCUUCAACAUCGCCAUCAAUAUUCCCAACGGAGGACUCACAACCUUCAGCGGCAUCAUCAUCAAUAACCUAGGCUUUUCACCCAUGAUUACGUCCCUGCUUAACAUGCCGACCGGUGUGAUGUCUACCUUGUCCGCAUUCUGCUUCUCUUGGAUCGCUGCUAAGUGGACCAACCGUCGCUGUCUGGUCACAAUGAUGGCAUCCUGUGUCCCUAUAAUUGGUGCCAUCCUUGUCUACGUCUUACCGCGAACGAACUUAAGUGGUCAGAUGGUUGGUAUCUAUCUGCUAUACACAUACUUCGGUCCGUACGUUGUGGGAAUCUCCAUGGCUCAGGCUAACACGGCGGGUAAUACCAAGAAGGCCGUGCAGUAUUCUAUUCUUUAUAUUGGCUAUGCCGUCGGAAACCUCAUCGGGCCGCAGACAUUUCGAGCAAAUCAAGCACCAGCAUACACAGGAGGGUUUGUUGCCAUGCUGGCUUGCUAUUGCGUCUGCGUUCUGUUGAUGGCAGUCUACUGGGUUAUUGCGCACAGAUUGAAUGGCCGACUUACAGUUGGGGUUAACCCUGGAGAGGAUCAAGCGGAUGGGGACUUGAUGGAUGCUUUUGCUGAUAAAACCGACUUUCAGCAAAAGACAUUCAAACCUGCACGUCCAUUGGAGGAGGUAUCCCUUAUCUCCUGUCUCGGCAAAUGGUCCGAGUCAUGCCCCCGCACCAUCCACAUUCGUCUUCUUUUCAUCGAACCUCCAUCUGUCCGUCCGCAUUUCACCUUAACGCUAUGCCACGCCGAAAACAAAACACCAGAAGGCGAACUGGAUGCGCCAAAUGCAAAGAGCAACACAUCCAAUGCACCGAAGAGCACCCCCGAUGCAGACGCUGCGAGAGACUUGAUCUCGAAUGCGUCCGGGAGCUCAAAAUCAUGUUUCGAGAGGAUGCUAUCCAACGCGGUAUUAGCUUUGGCCGUGAAGGUACUUACUGCCGCUAUCUUCUUCGGCUAUCUCCUACUGACUCUCCUUGGGCUUCGACAGGAAAUUUCCGCUGGUGUACACGACGAUGGCACGGUAGCUUCGAUCCUGAUGCUGUGCUUUCACGACAUAUCAGAUGGAUGCUCUCCUUCAUGGAUGACACAUCUUCAUGGCGGCUUGCAACUUAUCGACUACACAACGUCUCACGGCUCAUCCGAUUUAUGGAAGUUUUUCAGGAUGUACUUCGUAGCUCAUAAUAUCAUGAGCCGUACCGCGUCUGAAUUUUGGCAUCAAGAUGACAUCUCAGAGUUGUGGUCUGAAAGCGAAAAUCUCGAAGAAGUACGACGCAUUUAUGAUUACUUCACUAUUAGCACCGCCCUUCUUGGCUUGAAACAGACGCUUCCUCAACAUUCCACGGGCAGAGAAGACCUCGAGAGGAUUGCACACAUCAAACAUCUAGCUGCCUUUCUUUACCUUAAUGAACGUCUCGAGGAUGAGCCAGACGACGACCAGAAGAGCCUCAGGUUAUCUGAAGGGUGUAAAAGCCGUCUUAUAUCGUCGAUGAUCAAACUGAUCUCCACACUUCCUGAUAUGGCUACUUUGUUAUGGCCUCUGUUUGUGCUUGGGAACACAGGCCUGGAAAAUGAAGAACACAGACGCUUUGUACUGGAUCGGCUGGCCAAUAUCCAGAAGACACGGAAUCUCGGAAGUGUGAGGCGAGCAAUUGAUGCUGUGAAACACGCCUUUGUGACGAAGAGUCUAUUAGCUUCGGGCAACAAGUCAUGGGGUCAUGAAACCUACCGCUACAUCAGCCUGGCUUGA